AUGGAAGAAUCACAAAGACCACUCUUACGGGAACUUUCUCCCAGACACAGCGACUCAAAACUCGAGACUGCUCGCCGGUCCACUCGUCGCUAUCUAAACUCAAAGUUCGGUCAUUAUGCCAUUCUGAUCCUGGUAUCGCUCGACUGCACAUGUAUCUUUUUCGAGUUUAUCGUGCAGCUUCUCAGCUGCGAAGGAAAGAUCUCCGAGUCGCGAGGUCAUGUCGCUCAAGAAGCAAUAGGCAUCGUGGGUCUGGUCUUCUCCUGCUUGUUCAUGCUGGAACUGCUGGCGAGCAUAUGGGCAUUCGGGCUUCACUUUUUCCGUUCCAAGUUUCAUUGCUUCGAUGCGACCGUUAUUGUCGCCAGUUUCGUUAUAGAUGUUCUUCUGCGCGGCAUUCUUGAAGAAGUCGCUUCCCUGGUUAUUAUCCUACGUCUUUGGCGUGUCUUCAAGAUCAUAGAGGAGUUGAGCGUUGGAGCUCAAGAGCAGACGGAAGCACUGCGUGAACGUAUCGAGCUGCUUGAACGAGAGAAGUCGCAGAUGGAGGUCGAACUGACCGGCCUUAGGUCUAGAGCUCAGAACUCAUACGCUUGA